AUGAACUUUUUUCUUUGUUCUUUUCCCUUUCUUUUUUUCUUUUCUUUCUUUUCAUUAAUCAAUAAGACUUUUCUUUCUUUCUUUUUUGUUUUCUUUCUUUUUUCUUUCUUUCUUAAUUUCUUCCUUUCUUUUUUUUUACAUGUCCAGUUUUUUGUUUUUUUUUUUUCUUUUUUCUUUUUCUUUCUUUCUUUUUUGAACCAUUUCCUUGUUGUUUUUAAUCUGAACUUUUUCGUUCUUUUUUCUUUCUUUUUUUUUCAUUUUAAUCUGAACUUUUUCUUUCUUCUUUCUUUCUUUCUUUCUUUUCUUUCUUUUUCUUUUCUUAAGACCAUUUCUUUUUCAUUUCUUUCUUUCUUAAUGAAAUUUCCAUUUACAUUUUCUUUCUUUUACCGUCUUUUCUUUCUGAACCAUUUUCUUUUUGUCAUUAUUUAUUUUUUUUCUUUUUUGUUUCUUUCUUUCUUUCUUUUUCUGUCAUUUCCUUCUAGUUUUAACGAACUUUCUUUCUUCUUUUUUUCUUUCUUUCUUUCUUUCUUUCUUUCUUUUUUCACAAUUCUUUCCAAUCGUUCUUUACAGUUUUUUAAUCUGAACUUUUUCGUUCUUUUUUAUUUUCUUUUCCUUUUCUUUCUUUUUUUUUUUCUUUCAGUUUUUUCUUUUUUUCUUAAUUUGAACUUUCUUUUUUCUUUUCUUUCUUUCUUUCUUAAUCUGAACAUUUUCAAUUUUACAAUGUUUAAUUUGAAAUUUUUCUUUCUUUCUUUUUUCUCGCAUGCUUUUUCUUUCUUUCAUUUUCUUUCAUUCUUUCUUUUAUCAUUUCUAAUCUGUUUUUUUUUUUUUAGCUUUCUUCUUCUUCGUCUUCUCCUUCGUCUUUCCCUCACUCACACUUCUUCCUUCCUCUUGAUGUUAUUCCUUUUCACUCGUUCAUACAUUUCUCUUUUUCCUUUCAUUCCUGCUUCAUUCACUGACGAACACCGCCGUACAUCAUUCAAGUCUUUAUUUCGCGUCAACAGCAGCGAUGCUGCUCUUUUGAACCCCCGAAUUUACCCCCGUCAGUCAACUUUCCACAUUCGUCCGCCUGAUGAGACGUUCCGUGUCCGAAUGAAGAUAUUAAUUAUCUAUCUAUCUAAAAGUUGCUCAUUAUCUAUCUAUCUAUCUAUCUAUCUCAAACUAUUAAGUUUUUCUCUCACUUUCUCUCACUUUAUUUUUCAUCCUUUCUUUCUUGUCUUUUUGUAUUCUUUUCUUUCUUUCUUCCUUUGUAUCCAUUUUAUUUGUUUGUUUGCUUCUUUCUUUCUUUCUUUCUUUCUUUCUUUCUUUCUUUCUUUCUUUCCAGUCCUUUUCUAUUCUAUUCUUUCUUUCUUUCUUCCUUUGUAUCCAGUUUUCUUUCUUUCUUUCUUUCUUUCUUUCUUUUAUUUUUCGAUUAUUUUCUUCCUUUCUUCCUUUGUAUCAAGUUUUCUUUCUUUCUUAUUUUUUCUCUCUUUCUAUUCUUUUCUUUCUUUUUUGUCAUUUUCUAUUCUUUCUUUCUUUCUAGUCAUUUUCUAUUCUUACCUUCUUUCUUUCUUUCUUUCUAGUCAUUUUCUAUUCUUUCUUUCUUUCUUUCUUUCUUUCUUUCUUUCUUUCCCGUCAUCUUCUAUUCUUCUUUCUUUCUUUCUUUCUUUCCAGUCAUUUUCUAUUCUUUCUUUCUUUCUUUCUUUCUUUCUUUCUUUCUUUCUUUCUUUCUUUCUUUCUUUCUUUCUAUUCCUUCUUUCUUUCUUUCUUUCUUUCUAUUCCUUCUUUCUUUCUUUCUUUCUUUCUUCUUUUUUUUCUUUCUUUCUUUCUUUUUCUUUCUUUCUUUCUUUCUUUCUUUCUUUCUUUCUUUCUUUCUUUCUUUCCAGUGCUUUUCUAUACUUUUCUUUUUUCUUUCUUUCUUUCUUUCUUUCUUUCUUUCUUUCUUUCUUUGUUAAUUAA